AUGGCGCCGUAAAGACUGUUGUUGUGCCAUCGUUCCUCUAACCUCGCCCCAGCCCCCACUAUUAGACGGAGCUACAGGUCCGCAACCUUAUGGUGGGAUGAGACCAGUGUUGAGGCAUCAUGUUGAAAUCUACUGGUUUCUUCCGCGGCAUUGACUGUCCGUUUUACAGCGAGGGCAACGGCGGACGUAAUGGGUGUAACAGACCCUUCUGUCACUUCAGACACUGCCGGCAGAGAGGAGUUUCCUACGGAGCCGAUGUUAAAAAAGCAUAUUCUGCACAGAAAGAAGGUUAUGACCCUUUCAACCCCGAGGUUGUGAGGCCUCAAGAGAAGCAGAAUGGCCGACUGGAGGCUUCAGAUGACAUCAGUGGUGCUCUGGAGCAGGUCAACAAAGCCAUUGAAGAGGUGCAAAACCAGGUGGAAAGAGACAAGAGGAAGCUAUCUUAUGUCGGGAAUGAACCGUAUGAUCCGAGUGAAAAACCUUCGUCGUCCUUUGGCUUUGCUAAAGCACAAACAGUAGCAGGAGCAACAACACAUUCUGAAUAUGACCCUGGAAGUUAUCAGAUAACAUCUGAAAUUUUUAGUCCCAUUCCAGGGUGGAGCAAAUAUACUCUGUAUUCAGACAACCAGGACAGCGGCAGCGACUCCAUGGAGUAUAUUCCUACUUCUUUAAAAAAGCCUUCAUCUCGGACUCCAUACACGAGUCCGCCUGUAAAUCCCAAAUAUUCGUCAAACUGCAAAUACACCCUGGACAUUUCCAAGCCGUCCACAGAUAUGGAGUAUGAUCCACUUUCCAACUUUUCUGCGGGAAUAAAGAGCAAGGAUGUUGAAAAGGAAUGUGCUGUGGGCAGAGACAGGACUCAACGAGCACCCAGGAUUUCAGAUGAUGAGUAUGUGCCUGCUGUAAAGAAGCUACGACAGGGUAGUAUAGACACCAGUAACACAUACACUAUUUCCGACUCGGAUGAUGAAAACUCUGGAUCUGAGUAUCGACCUACGUCACUGAGUUCUCUGAAGCAGAGGAAAAGCAAAAAUGGCUCACCUGUCGAUAUGGCACGGAGGGAAACUAAUGAAAGGACUAAAGAGACGUUGAAAGCGUCAUCACUGAACAAUGUAGUUGAUUUAACACUGGACUCAGAAAGUGUAGAGGACAGUAAAGCAAGAAAGAAAGUGGAAAAAAAGAAGCUGGAUAGAGAAUCAAGUCCUCUAAAAAUUGGCGCACCAGAAAAGGUGAAACGACUGGAGAAGAAAAGUGAAAAAAAAACAUUUCCUGUUAAGUUAAGCAGUAACAAAAAGGCUUCUAAAGGGUCAUUAAAGGUCUUGUCUCCAGAUGUGAAAAAGAAAGACAGGAUCAUUAUUCAGAAGGAUGAAAGGAAAGUGAUUAAAUUGACUGAUAAAGACCCUUCUGAGAGAAAGAGAAGUCAUGCCGAGGUGAAAUCUAAUGAUUUGUCAAAAACCUGUUCUAAAAAGAGAGAUAGGGGUGUCGAAAAUGACACAAAGGAAAGGAAGAAACUCAUGACCUCAGGCAUGGAAAAGAUGAUCAGAAAUAAAGACAAACAUAAAAGAAACGGUAUACAUGACAUGAACAGAAAGGACAAGGGAGCUGGUAAAAGCAAUUCAGAAGUCUGCUCAUCAAAUAUAAACAAACGUUCUAGCAAGGACAUUAAUCACGCUCCCAGUCAUGUGGAUUUGUUUGGGGACGACAGUGCAGACGAGGCUGAGCCCAUUGAGGUGGACGAUGAGUCGGAAGAGGAGCUGGUGAGGAAGUCCGCUGAUGCUUUGAAGAGAAAGAGGUGGCUGAUGAAGAAAGUGUUGCAGCGGUCCACCUCGGAGGACGAAAGAGCCACAGCCAGUUCAGAUAACGUGAACAGCGACAAAAUAGACUGUUCUAUCUUUAAGGAUGAUUUGGACUUUGAGUCUGAAUCGUUGGAGGAGUGCUUACGGAUCUUCAAUGAGUCUACAGAGGUGAAGACAGAAGACAAGGGAAGACAAGCAAAGCAGCCCUUGAAAGAUUCAGAGGAGGUGAGGGGAGCGGAUCACACUUUAAACACUUCCAGUCAGAAGAAGAGAGUCUCCCAUUUUGCUGCCAAAGGAAGUGUGGAAAAUGAGUCGGAAGAGGAGCUGGUGAGGAAGUCCGCUGAUGCUUUGAAGAGAAAGAGGUGGCUGAUGAAGAAAGUGUUGCAGCGGUCCACCUCGGAGGACGAAAGAGCCACAGCCAGUUCAGAUAACGUGAACAGCGACGAAAUAGACUGUUCUAUCUUUAAGGAUGAUUUUGACUUUGAGUCUGACCCGUUGGAGGAGUGUUUACGGAUCUUCAACGAGUCUAAAGAGGUGAAGACGGAAGACAAGGGAAGACAAGCAAAGCAGCCCUUGAAAGAUUCAGAGGAGGUGAGGGGAGCGGAUCACACAUUAAACACUUCCAGUCAGAAGAAGAGAGUCUCCCAUUUUGCUGCCAAAGGAAGUACUGAGGCAACCAGUAAGGCGGUGAUGCGCCCGCACCGGACCCCCACAGCCCAGGAGGUUUGCUACCAGCGGAUGCAGAUGGCACAGGAGCAAGCAGCUCAGCUGUCUGCUGCAGUCAAGUCUUCCUCGUUGAGCUCCUCCAGCUUUGGAUCUUUUGGAGAGAGGAAGCGGAUCGCACACCUUCCUAGUCCACUGCUGGCCUCCUCCAAAACACGACCCGUUGAUGGAAAACAAGCUGGGGAUCGGGUUUUAUCCCCCUGUCAGAAACAGCCUACAGUGAGGACCCAAACCACUGCUGGGAUCCUUUCCAAGACUGUGUCCACCACUCCACAGAAAAGAGUGGCUCACACUCCCACCUUGAAGAGUGCUUCGAUGAAGCGACCCAUCAUUCCUGUGGAGUUCGGAGCCAAAGUAUCCACCAUCAUUCGCCAGCGAUACCUCAACACUUUCAUUGAUGAGUGUGUCAAGUUUUGUACGUCAGAGCACGAGGCUUUCCAGAUGGGUCUUGAUGAGGAGAAGAUGGUGUACGACCGAAGUAGCAGUAAAAACAUCUACCUCAACCUGGCAGUCAACACACUGAAGAAGCUGCGCAGCAAGAGCAGCUCCUCUUCCUCACUUGGCAACAGGGAGAGUGGAGCAGUGAAGAGGGUUCAGUCCCAUGAAGGUGUCCUUGGAGGUCGUCUGGCGGCGACUACGAGCUUCACUGUCAACAGGAUGGGCAAGAAGCAGGAAGAAAAGCUCACAGGAACAUCUCUGUACUACAAGAUGAAGACGUACCUGAUGACAGAGGAGCAACUGCAGGAGCACGGCUACCCCAGGGUCAACCCUGCGGCUGCUGGGAAGGCCAUUAUAUUCAGCCAAUCAGAGAAAAAGAUCAGCAGUGACCCCCUCACCAAGAUUUGUUGUCGAUGCGGCACAGAGUAUAAAAUCAACCACAAAGGCAACUGUGUCCGGAUAGAAGAGUGUUCUUUUCACUGGGGACGUCUGCGUAGACACCGAGUUCCUGGAGGUUGGGAGACCAGCUACAGCUGCUGCUCUGGAGCUGUGGGUUCUCCGGGAUGUCAAGUCUCCAAGCAACAUGUUCAAGACGGCCGUGAAGAGUCGCUCGAUGGCUACGUGACGACGUUCAGCAAACCUGUUUCUCCAGAUGGAAAUGGCGGCGUGUUUGCUCUGGACUGUGAAAUGUGUUAUACCAAACAAGGCCUAGAACUAACACGAGUCACCGUGAUCGACUCAAACCUGAAGGUCAUUUACGACACGUUUGUCAAACCACAGAGUCCGGUGGUGGACUACAACACACGAUUCUCUGGUGUGACAGAGGAAGAUCUGGAGAGCGUCACAAUCACUCUGAGAGAUGUUCAGGCAGUGUUGCUCAGCAUGUUCAGCGCAGAGUCCAUCCUUCUUGGACACAGUCUGGAGAGUGACUUCCUGGCCCUUAAGCUCAUUCACAGUUCUGUGGUUGACACGUCCAUUGUGUUUCCUCACCGCCUAGGCCUGCCUUACAAACGUGCGCUGAGGAAUCUAAUGGCAGAGCAUCUUAAACGCAUCAUACAGGAUAGCGUUGACGGCCACGACUCCAGUGAAGACGCAUGUGCUUGCAUGGAGCUGAUGAUUUGGAAAAUAAAAGAGGAUGCCAAACUCAAAAGAUGACCUGUGAACUCCAGAUGACAAUCUGUUAUAUUUACUUGAAGUCCUUGAGUGUCGGUCAUGCAGAGCAGGACUACAGCUUUCAGUUGGUGCUGUCAGAAAAGAAAGAUUUUGUGUUGUCACUUUCUGCUGCUGUUGAAGCACUUGAGAGGCUCAAUGAUUGUUUCUCUUUAUUUCAUAAAAUGCACAUAAACUCAUAUACGUUUAGGUUAUGUAUACUUGAGCUGCUGCUCUUCAUUUAUGUCUUCACCUACUUAAUAUGUACUAGAGACUCUCUGUGCAGCCCUUUGUUGGAGAAGAUGCAGCAAGUUCAUGUCAGUCACACAGAAGUUUUAACAAUUGCACUGGACGGUAGUAACCACCUUGGAGUGUAUUGAAUCGUCGUAGGUUCUGUAUCUCAACUGUCACGUGCUAGUUGUAAUGGUUAAUAAAAAGUUUCACGACACUUAAACAAAGCUUGCAUAGAACUGUGGAAUGUUGCUGCUGUUGAUUCACUCUUUAUGCAGUUCUCUUUUGUAUCAGUGUUUUUUUUUUUAUUGAACUAAUUGUGAACCAUAACGUCACAGUCUGUCUCCAUGUACUUUUUUGCGUAAAACUCCAGACCCAUCUGUGCCCUCUGGCUCAGCUUGCACUAAGCCAUCAACUCUGGAGCCUGUCCACUAUUAUCAGUAGAUAUUCCAAGUUUUCUAAUUGAAUUAGGAUUGCUUCUACCACUUGAUGGCGUCCUUGGUUGAUGCGAACUGAACUGAACUUAUUCCUCCUACAAUAACGGAUGUGAGAAAGUCAUCUCUAGUGUUAGUCGAGGUUGGAAGAUGGCCGCAUCAGUGGUUGGGAGUUGAAAUUCCUCAGCUAUCUUGAUCAGUGGUUCUCAUCUGGUCUGGCUUUUCGGACCCACCAACACUAUGUGUAUGACAACAUGCGGCCCAAAAUAAUAUAAAAAAACAAUGUUUGUAUUUAAGAUAUUAAGAUAGACUUGUUACGUGUAACAAGUCUAUAAUAUCAUGACGUAAUUAAAUGUAUUUCUUUUAUCUCAUUUUGUAUCAUUUUGGUAGUUUAACUUUGUUCUGCCCUGUCUCAAUAUAUCCCUGCCCUGGCCUCUUAGGAAAUACAUUUGCCCACCCCAAUCCUAUCCAUCCUGUUCAGGUUUUCAGUACCUCAGUGUUCCAUGUCUAGAAAAUGACCCCCACUACAACUUUAAACUGCAUUGUUCCCUGCACAUUGUAUUGUUUAAAACAGGUUUGAAAUGUAGUAGUGGAACUGGUUAUAUACAGUAUGAGUGUGAUCAGUUAUGUCAUGAUAUAUAGUUCUGAGAGACAGCUGUGCUAUGGUUAAAUAAAAACUUCAGAUACACUUUUGAUAACAAUUUCAGUUUGUCAUUGUUGAAUGAAAUUGCACCAAUACAUGUAUACUCUCCAGAAAACUACGGUGGCUGAGAAGUGUAAAUCGCAUUUACAAAUUUUUUUUGCAAACAAACCCUGGGAUUGG